CACUUGGCCUGCACAUUGUGCAUAGGGCCAUGGCUGCCACCAGUUUCGUAGCAGCGUCACUGGUAAGAAGAGCAGCUGUGGCUUUUGCUCUCUCCCAUCCUCUCAUAAACAACAAGGUCUCUUACCACAGGACCCUUGUCACCUUUCCUCUCAGUCCUCGUUUGAGUUCUUCAGCGUCAGGAAUAUGCCACUUAGCUCAAGCUGUUAAGAGGGAUGUUGAUGAUUUACUUAAAGGAGUGGUGGACAAAACUGUUAUUGAAGAAGUAAAGCAUGUUCUUGAGAUGGCUAGACGUGCGUCAUUAAGAAGGGAAGUUCUCCAUACAAAUUUUCUCACCCCUCCAGUGUUGAAGGAGUCGAUGCUAGCAUUGGAAAAGCUAGCUGAUUUGAAAGCAGUUGCUCAGGGUGGAUACCCACAGGCUGAGCGGUGCCGAAUCUCAGUUGGACAUCCAGAACUAUUGACAAGUGAUCCUGAUAUUAUUGUUGCAUUGAGUAUCACGGGAAACUUUGGGUUUCAACCUUGUUCUCAUGGUGACUUCCUAGGCGCAAUUCUUGGUACAGGGAUUGCUAGGGAGAAGUUUGGAGAUGUUAUUUUUCAGGGGGAGAAGGGGGCUCAAGUCAUCGUUGUUCCAGACCUUGCUGACUAUCUUAUAUCAUCACUCGACAAGGUUGGCAACGUUCCUGUAUCUCUUACUAAGAUACCACUGAUUGCUCUUGAUUACGAACAACCAAGAACUAAGUCGUUUAAAGCCAUAGAAUUAUCACUGAGGAUUGAUGCUAUAGCUAGUGCAGGAUUUAAGAUUUCACGGUCAAAACUAGUUGAUCUGAUCCGUGAUGGGGAUGUGCGCCUCAACUGGACCCCUGUUACCAAAAAUGGAGCUACACUCAAGACUGGUGAUAUUGUAUCGGUUAGAGGUAAAGGAAGACUGAAGAUUGGAGAAAUUAACUCUACGAAGAAGGGGAAGUUUGCAGUUGAGCUCAUUCGUUAUCUGUAAGUUUUGAAACGGGUACCAAUGCCACAUUAGUAUGCAUGGACCCAAAGAAGUUCUGCGAUGAGCGAUUUUGUAACUUAAAGCCAGACAGGUUCUCUUUCUAAAGAUCAAGCAUAUGCUCCAUUGCAUCAAAGUUUGGCACUAUUUUGUAAGUUCAAAGUUGUACAUAUUUAUAUUUUCCUCCCAUAUAUUGAAUUAAUUUUGUACUUACUUUGUUGUA